ACAGCUGUGCAACAUUAGAGGAGGAUUAAUACCGAUUUAUUUAUCAAGAGGCAAAUGUUCAUAAGCAUAUAUUUUGAUUUUGCUGUUUGCAUAGAAAUCUAGACAAUAAGAAUGGGUUGUAACGACGUUGUCUCAAUAACCAAACUGCAAAAGCACCUGUCCCUGUUAAGGGAUGAAUACACAAAACUACAACUCAGUUAUGUAGAAUUAGAACGCAAAUACAACGAAGUUGUUGCCUCAACAGCCGAUGCGGAGACCAAUGGUGAAUUCAGCAGUUUUGUGUCACGACUCGCACUAACGGCCUCUUCGCUAUAUGGACGCUCCAUAUAUUCCGACAUUCAGAUUAAAACCAACAGCAACGGUACAAUUAUGCCGGCACAUAAAUUUGUCCUUCAUGCACGCUCGGAGAAAUGGAGAAAUGAGGCAUUGGCCAACGCAAAAGAGUUAGAUUGGAGCGAUUUGGAGGAGGAUAUAGCAACAGCGCUGUUGCGUUGGAUUUAUACUGAUAUUGUUGAUUUACAACACGAUCGAUUGACAUUGGGACUUUUGCGAGUGGCCCAUCGCUUCUCAUUACCCGCUCUUUUGGGGCUCUGUGAGAGAGCUUUGGUGGCCUCAGUGGGUGUACGAUCUUGUGUGCGGUUCUAUUGCGUUGCUGAAGAAUCGGGUGCUGCUAUGCUUCUUGAUUACUGUUCGGGAAUUAUAUCCACGCACUGGGAUGAUUUGACCCCGCAGGACUUUGAGCACAUGUCUGGACCACUACUCUUUAAAAUGCUCAAAAGCAAAACCAAAUAUCCCCUCCAUGCGGCAGUAAGACUUUUGCGCGAAGAUGUUGUUUGCUUGUGUCUUGCUGAAAAUGCUUCUGUGUUACCAGAAUUGGUGAAUAGUUUGUCCGAGCAUGGGCAGCUCCCAUUACAAAUGGCCCUAUCAGCUAAAAAUAUUCAGAUUGCCAAAACUCUUGUAAAUAAUGGAUCUGCUGACGUUAAUGCCUAUGAUGCCAAAGGAUCGACACUUCUUAUAGAUGCUGUAAGGAGAGCUGAUCAUUUUGCUGCAAAUUUCCUCUUAAGCCAGAAGUGCCUUGUUGAUCUUUUGUCCAGGCCAUCAGCCGAUACUGCUCUGCAUAUCGUAUGUAGCUAUGGGGAGACCCAGGCCAACUCCAAUGAUUUUACUCAAAUGACUGAUAUUGGAAAACAAAUUAUAGAUUGCAAGCCCAACGUAAAUAUUAAAAACAUGCACGGUCAGACGGCGCUGCACCUUGCGAUCACAUUUAAUAACAUGGUUAUGGUGAACCUAUUGCUUGAUGUGCCUGAUAUAGACAUUAAUUUGCGCACAAAUGACGAAAAGUGCCCUCUUGAAUUGAGCUUAACCGCAUUUAAUAAGGAAAGCUUCAAUCUUGCUGAAAGGCUUCUUAAGAUGGGAGCAAAUGUAAAUCCCUUAAAAUCAGACACAAAGAAUAGCCUAUUGCAAGUACUCACCCUAGCCGGACAAGAUUUCGAAAAUGCAGCAAUAUUUUUGGCUGAUUUUGCAAAUCUUAAUCACCUGAAUAACUGUGGAAUGUCCGCCGUUCACAUUGCUGUCCAACAGAAUAUGCCAAAACUUGUGGCUAAACUGCUCAACGCAGGCGCUUCGCCUAAUAUACAGACGAGUGCAGCCAAAAUGAAAUCGCCACUGCACGUAGCAGUCGAAGUAAAUGCCCGGGAAAUUAUUGAAACCUUCGCUAAUUUUCGCAAAGAUGACUCCGAGAAGAUAGAUUUCAAUUGCAAGGACGUAAAUGGAGACUCACCACUCAGUCUUUGCUUAGCCUUGGAUCGAAUUGAAUUGGCUCCAAUACUAAUUGCCGGUGGUGCAGAUGUUAAUGCGAGAAAUAGUCAAGACUUGACUUUGCUACAUCAAUCUAUCAUAAACGGGGACAGCGAAAAAUCAGUGUUUUUGUUGGACCAAGGUGCUGAGAUUAACGCACUAACAGGUGAGCAAAAGUCUGCAUUGCAGCUGGCUAUAAGCUAUCAUUUACCAAAAGUAGUAGAUGCCCUAUGCAUAAAGGGAGUGGAUCUGAGUACCUUAGAUAAUACCACAGAUUCGCCAUUAUGGACAGCCCUAGAAUUGGGAUUUGAGGAUGUGGCGCAGAUUCUUGUACGACACGGGGUUGACACCGAUUGCUGGAACGAUGGUCCUGAUGGCUGCCAACAAACGUUGUUGCACCGUGCAAUUGAUGAAAAUAAUGAGUCCAUAGCAAUGUUUCUUGUUCGAAACCAAUGCGAUUUAGACUCUCCGCGUCAACCCGGCCCGAAUGGAUCGGGAGGAGAAGAAGCACGUGACAAAGCCUCGCCCUUACAUCUCUGUUGCCAAUGGAAUCUAACAAAGGUUGUUCAAGCACUUAUUGAUCAUGGUGCCAAUGUUAACGCUGUAGAUUUUGAUAACAAAACAGCAGCACACAUCGCUAUUGAGAACCAACAUGAAGAUAUAAUCAACAUUCUUCUUUGCCACCCUGGAAUAGACCUAAAGUUGCGAGACAAAUCAGGCCUGACACCCUUUGCAACUGCUUUGGCCAUACGCAAUCACAAAGCUGCACAGCGCAUACUCGAGAGACUUCCAAAUGCAGCUGAGAUAAUGGAUCAGCGUGGUCGUAACUUUCUUCAUGUGGCCAUCCUAAAAGACGACCUCGAAAGUGUUCUGUUUUUAUUGUCUAUACAAGUUGAUGUUAAUUCGCGGGUACAUGACGCAUAUCAAUCGACUUCACUCCACCUGGCAGCUGCAUCGAAAAAUGAAAUGAUCAUUCGAAACUUGAUUUUAGCAGGCGCCCGGGUCAACGAACGAGACUCUGUCCAGAAAAUGCCACUGCAUAUAGCAAUUGAACGUGGAAACCUAUCGGCAGUUUCAGCGUUGAUCCAAAAUAAUGCCGAUUAUGACGCAAUUGAUGCCGAUGGAAACAACGCAUUACAUCUUGCAGUGCACAGUGGCCAGCUUGCAAUUGUACGAGAGCUACUAACCGAAUCGCGGGUAAACGCUGAGGCGACCAAUGCCAAAGGUCGAAAUCCGUUGCAUGAGUUAUGUAGGAUUGGGGAAGACAACUCGGGAGCAGCCAUUUGCGAGCUAUUUCUUGAGUGUAUGCCAAAGUAUCCAAUUAAUGUGCCUGACAUGGACGGAAACACACCAUUGCUACUUUCAUACAUGCGAGGUCAAGCUCCACUUUGCAAGGUGCUCGUAAAAGUCGGUGCUUGUCUUGGCGCUCAAAACCGUGAUGGCAUUAGUAUUUUCAAUUACAAACUUGCUACAGAUCAAUUGCUUAGCAAACUAUUGGACCAAUUACCACAGGAGUCGCCGUGGGCGGAAUCAGAAUUGUGCCAAGAGUGUGGCUUAAAGUUUUCACUUACUAUAAGGAGGCACCACUGUCGACAUUGUGGGCGAGUUCUGUGCUCUAAAUGUUCCAAUAACGAUGUGCCCAUUCUGAAGUUUGGCAUAAAUAAGCCUGUAAGAGUUUGUAACGUAUGCUUUGAUGUUCUUCAUGGAGGAAGCUGAAACGACUAACAUUAAAAUGCUUGCUUUUGGAAUUAUUAUGUGGAAGUGAUUUGGGAAUAACUAACAAUACCGGACUCUAAAACCCAUAUGGCCAUUACAUGCAUAUUUAUAUAUACAUACAUACUAUAUAUAUUCGAAAACAAUACUAUGUAUAUUCGAAAACAAUACUAUAUAUAUUCGAAAACAAUUUAAAAGACA